CUGGGAUUUUCUCAAAUCUCAAUCUCUCUUUCCAACCCCAACUCUGCCCGACUCCAGUGUCCUCCAAACCCAACACGAGCCGGAACGCCACCGCCUCCCUCCCUCCUCCAAAACCUCUCGGCAUCGUUCUCGUCGAUUCCGAGCCCUCGUCGCGCAUUUCUCCCCCAAACCAAAUCCCGCUGCACGUUGCGGCGUUGCCCGAUGCGCGCUUGAUCCAUUGAGUCCAGACGGCGAUGUAUUCGGAGAAGAAGAAGGCAAGGGCGAGGGAUGGGGAUGGAGAUCGGGAUGCUGCCGAGAGACGGCGGAAGGGGAAGGCCCCAUGCCUGGAGCCGCCGCCGACACCGCCACGCGCGAUGGCGGCGGCGGCGGCGGCGGAGGCCGGUCCUUCACGCGGCGGCUGCGUUCCGUCACGGAAUCCCUUGAAGGAUCCGGGGGAUUGCGAGGCGGUGGCCAUCAGGGACACCGACGGCGAGGACUGCGGCCACUUCAGCUGCGACAUGGACGAGAUCGCUGACAUCGAGAUGGGCAUGGCCGCCCGCGGCGACCCGAUGUGCGAGCACGAGACGUGCCUGGCCACCGGGAGCAACCUCAUGAUGGUGUGCCCCGAAUGCGGCUGGUGCUUCUGCGUCGGAGGGCUAGCCCACAGGGCCAAGCCGCUGGGGCACAUCAGGGAGCAUGCCUACCGGAGGGCGCAUUGGGUCGCGCUGCGCUGCGAGGAUCCGUGUGAGGGUUACUGCUUCGAGUGUGAGGAUUCAUUGGCAAUUGAGAGCCAGAUGGUGGCCGAUGAUGGCGCCGGAGGCGGCGAGGAAGGGUAUGGAUGUGUUGUCACAGGGAUGCCGAAUCUUGGGAACACCUGCUACCUGAACGCGCUGCUGCAGUGCCUCCUUGUGCUCGGGAAGCUGCGGGCGAGGAUCUUGGGGCCGGGCGCUCCGUCGGGUGUCCUUGGUGACUUGCUGCAUGAUCUCUUUGUUGGUACAAAUGGUCCGAGCUACGCUCGACGCCUGCUGGACCCGGCGAUGCUCUUGCGUUGUGUGCGCUUUCGUUACCCGCAGUUCCGAGGCAUUGCUAUGCAGGACUGUCAUGAAUUGCUUUGCUGUUUGCGCGAUGGUUUGGAUGAGGAUGAAAGGAAAUGGAGGGCUGGUAAGAUGCAACAAGGUGCUCCUAGUGCUGUGGCUCCUACGGUUAUUGAUUCCAUAUUUGCUGGUCAGCUGUCUGUUACCUUGUCUUGCAAAUGUUGCUCGUUUAAGUCAGAUUCAGAGGAGGUAUUCCAUGAUCUCUCAAUGCCAUUACCACCAAAGGGGACUCCAGCCAGAAGUGUUGCAUCACCACCACGGAAUGGAAGAUGCAUAUCUCAACAGAAGACUCAUAUGGAACUGUUUCCAGCAAUCAACAAGACUAACACCGAAAAGAUUCAUGCAAUUUCUGAAGGCGGUGAUGCUCAGGUUCCCGCUUCAGAAUCGGAACAUAUGGUUAUGGUGAAAACAUCAGAGCCUUUGGAAGUUGGUAAGUUUAUGUGUUCCUGUGCCUAACUAAAUAAUGGAAAACAACGUUGAACGGGCCUUCAAGCACGCAAGGUGAAACAGAAGAUGAAUUUUUCAUUAAUGAAUGAUUGAAUGGAGCAGACCAUGAUAGUACAACUAUUGUUUGUUAUUUUGUUGCUUGACAUGACAAGGACAUUUUUCAGAGAAGAGCCCUUCUAGUAGCUAAAUAGAGAAUAUUUCUUUGGUAUGGUUCAUACAUGGACUGCACAAAUGUCAGAACCUUCAGGAUGACAGCAUUAUACAAACGGGAUGUUCCAGCAGUUUUUGCUGAGUCCUUGUGCUCGUAUAAUAAAUGUUACUCAGCUUUGUUGGUUAACUUAAGUACAUGGUCCAUGAAGAAAAUAAGCUUCAAACAAUCAAAUGUAGAGGUUCAAGAUUCUCAAACAAUGUACAACGGUUCCUGGUUUCAUGAAGUUACUUAUGACGACAAAACCUAAAACUUAUAUGCUUGAUUCUGCAGAUUCUAAUCACUUGGAACAGAUUUCGCAAAGCAAGGGUGAUGUACAUGGUCCUUUGCAGGCUCCAACAAGGGAAGAGAACACGUUGAUAGCAUCAGGCCAUGGUGUAGAGAGAACUGUCAGUGCUGUUCUUGAUAGCAUCAAGCCAGAAGAUAGUAUAGAAGCCAAGAUGGACACUUUGUCAGCAGAAGUUGCUACAGAAGACAAGGGGAAAGAUCGAAAUCGUGAUGCAGUUUAUGAUAAGGCAGAUGAUAUCAACUCUCUUGCUUCAAUCGAGGAAAUAUUGGAAUUGCAUUUAAAAGCAGAGAUGAUAGAAAAGAGGUGUGAAAACUGUUCCAAUGCUGAUCAGAAGGCAAGCCCUAUAAGUGGUAAACAUGGUGAACAGCCAGUGGCAUGUACCAAUGUGAAUGGGACAGUUGAUGGAGACCAGGAUGAACAAGAUCAGGGAAGGGGGAAGCAAGUAAAUAUGGGUCAUAGUGCACAUCAAGUGGAAGAAAACCAAUAUGAUCGGCCAGAUAGGAACAAAGGUGCAAUUAAAACAUGUCUUUUUAGCAAGUUGCCACCUGUGUUAGCCCUCCAUCUCAAGAGAAAUUUAUGGCCUCUUAAACUUAAAGUGAGUGGACAUGUGAGCUUUAAGGAGACCCUUGAUGUGAAAUUGUUCAUGCACCCCAGUUCUGAAGACAAAGAUAAUUCCAGCUACCGUCUAGUUGGUGUUGUUGAGCACCUGGGCCUUUGCAUGGAUGCAGGGCAUUUUGUUGCUUAUGUGAGACCAAGUUGCCCGCAGCAGACCAAUGGCUCUUCCUUAUGGUUUUGUGCAAGUGAUGCCGACAUCAGAGAAGUCUCUUUAGAAGAAGUUCUCAAGUGCGAAGCUUACCUUCUUUUCUAUGAGAGGAUUGAAGGCUAAGAUGUCUGGAUCCUACAGAGUAGCAAUCACAAAGGAAGCAUAUGUUAUCAGAUUAACAAGCAUUCUUUGGACGACCAAUGAUUCAAUUUUAAUCAGUGUACAUAUACUGACGUAGGUUCGUGAUCAAGUUGAAUCUUGUUGCGUUGGCUUAGUCAUUGCAGGACUCCAAUUUGACCGCAACAUGUACAUACCAGUUGAGAGAAUUCGGUUGUUCUUGACCAGCUGAUAUCCCUUUUUUGUCCAUGAGUGUAUUAAUAAUUUAUUUGAAAACAAACGGCAUAGUUGGACAUUUUGCAUUAGAGAAUUUGAGCAAAAUCAUUAUGUAGGCACAUGGACAGGUUUUCUUCUUCUUUUUGAAGUAAGCAAAAUCAUUAUGUAGGCACAUGCACAGGUUUUUUUUCUUCUUUUUGAAGUAGAAGCACCGGUACAGUUUUGUCGAUUGUUACUGUUACCUGUAAUUAGUUUACACUAAAGUACUGUGGAAAAUAUCAUUCGCCAUGUUGAGUUUUGCCUCAAUAUUUUUUUAUGGCAAAGAGACAUUGUAUGCAAGAUGAUUGAGAUACACCUUGAGAAUUUUGCAUUCGUUGAAAAAAACAAA